CGGCUGGUCACGAUUCCUGCGAUUUCAGGUGAGAGAGAGAAAAAACCGUUUACAUUUAUUACGUUAUUGUUAUUGAGAGUAUCCAGGCAACGAAGUAAACACGUGGCUGCGGUGAUUUUGGCGCGCGGCGGCUCCAAGGGGAUUCCCCUGAAGAACCUGGCGCCGGUCGGCGGACGUAGCCUGCUGCGAAUCUCGCUGGAGGAAGCGCUCUCCGUCGGUUUCGAUAGCGUCUGGGUGUCGACCGAACAUCCGGACAUCCGUUCCGAAGCUGAAAGACUGCCAGGUGUUAAUGUCCAUUGGAGAUCUUCGGAGAACGCGGAAGAUUGGUCUUCGUCGGUGGACGCUCUGCGCGAAUUCGUCUCGUGUCGACCGGAAGUGGACGCGGUGGCGCUUCUGCAGUGCACCUCGCCGUUUCAGAACCGGAAGUACUUGGGGGAAGCGCUGGAGCGCAUCAGGAGGAGCGACACGAUCUGCGUCUUCUCCGUGACAAAGUGCAAAUUAGAUUAAGCGAAAAUCGUGUUUGGAGCUAACUUUCUAUUUCGUUGACAGGUCAUCGCUUAAGUUGUGGUCUCGAGCCGGAAGUGACGGCUCUUUGACGCCGGUCAACUUUGAUCCCGGUGAUCGGCGAAGG